AUGCAUUUCCGCCCUCUCUUGCUGGUUUCCGCGCUGGCGUCCUACGUCUCAGCCUUUGGGAUCAAUGACUUCUUCUGCCGCAGCAAGGAGCAUCCCAAUCCGGUCAUUUUCCUCCACGGUCUGGGCGCUACCUUCUACGAAGACUUGAAUUUCCUACAGUACUGGCUGCAAUCCAAGGGGUACUGCACCUAUGCCCAAACCUACGGUGAAUAUGAGGGCUUCCCGCUCCUGGGCGGAUUGAAACCGAUCGCCGAUUCGGCCAAACAGAUCGCAGCCUACAUCCGGGAAGUAGCAGAGAAGACGGAAUCCGACAAGGUCGACCUGGUCGGACACUCGGAGGGGGCGUUUCAGACCCUGUACGUCCCUAAGUUCGAAGCCGGGGUGUCGGGAUUACUGGACAAACUAGUGGCGAUUGCGCCGCCGACCCACGGGACCAAUUUCGGAGGCAUCUAUAACCUGGCGUAUGCCUUUGGGAAUGUGUCGCGGGAGGCUGUCGGGGAGGCAUUGAGGGCCGUGGGCUGCGCGGCGUGCGAUGAGCUGGGCCCCAACGGCCCUGCGGUGGAUCGUUUGAAUGAUGGCGAGCCGAUCGUGCAGCCGGGGAACUCGUUGACUGUUAUUGCGUCGAAGUGGGAUGAGAUGGUUACGCCGACGUCGACGUCGUUUGUGCAUGAGGAUGGCGUCCAUAAUGUUUGGGUUCAGGAUUUCUGUAAGUUGGAUCCCGUGGGGCAUAUUGGUGAGGCAUACGAUUUGAAUGUCUGGAACCUGGUCAAGAAUGCUCUGGAUGGAAUGCCGGACCGUCACUUCUUCUGUGUCUUGGGAUCCCCUGGGAAAUAA